AUGGUAUCUGGACCUGAUGGAAUACCAAAUAUUUUUGUCAAAGAAUGUACUACAGCACUGUUGAAGCCAAUAACACACAUGCUGAAGAAAUCAUUAGACACUGGAUUUGUGCCUGAAAUUUGGAAAAGUUCAUUCGUUAGACCGGUGCACAAAAGCGGUGUUAAAGCUAAAGUUAAAAACUAUCGUGGUGUAGCUCUGCAUACGUUGCGUGUCUUCGACUCAAUGGAUCAAUCAAACAACUAUGAGUUGAUGUGCUGUUUUCAGCACCAUAAGGAUAUUCGUUUAGAUCGCUUUGCACUUCAAUUGAGUUGUGAAUUCCAUUGUAUCGUUUUCAGUACGUUGCGUGUCUUCGACUCAAUGGAUCAAACAAACAACUAUGAGCUGAUGUGCUGUUUUCAGCACGAUAAGGAUAUUCGUUUAGAUCGUUUUGAACUUCAAUUGAGUUGUGAAUUCCAUUGUAACGUUUUCAGUACGUUGCGUUUCUUCGACUCAAUGGAUCAAUCAAACAAUUAUGAGUUGAUAUGCUGUUUUCAGCACGAUAAGGAUAUUCGUUUAGAUCGUUUUGCACUUCAAUUGAGUUGUGAAUUCCAUUGUAACGUUUUCA